GCGCUUCGGACCAUAUUCAUACAGUGAGUGAAUUUUUUGAGAUAGGAUCAAUCACUUUGGAAUAUGAUCGCUCACGAGUUUGAUACGAGGCUAUCUAUGUAAACAAACAUGCCUAUCUCUAACUUUAUCUUCCCAAAAAAUACUUUCUUGCUUCACACACCGGACUUGCAAAGUUCUACGGUCCACAAAAUUUCCAUCCAACCACGUCCAACCAGGAUCUUCGCAAUACAGCACCGAACUUCAGCUCRUCUCCGUGGGUUGAAAAUCARUCACUAUAUUGGCACCCCAGCAUCUACGAAGAGACGCAAGGUGAGGAUGGGCAGAAAAUCUACACCCGUGUGAGCAAUCUGGAUACCAGCCCAUACUACCGCUGGGACAACAGCGUUCUUCCGAGGACUCAAGCCUUCCCUCCRGACUUUCGUAUGAUUGCCUUUAGUGAYCAAGAAGGUGCCRAUCGUGAGGGAGAUAUUGGCGGCAGUCUACUGGUCGAGUGCUGCAAUUUUCUUAGCGAGGACCACGAGGAAGAAGAGUGCACCACCACGAUGAAUACUCURGAGUUUCCCGAGUUGAAAUGCGACUUUCUUGGGAUUGGAUUUGCCAUGCCGACCUGCUGGGAUGAGUCCAAGGGCGUCGGAAUAGAAGAUCCUACSGGGCAUAUGACUUACACCACAAAUGGAGCUGUCAAUGGCCCGUGCCCCGAACCGUUUACCAAACGGCUCCCCCAGAUUCAGCUCUUUGUUCGUAUCAACGAUUACCGCGGCGACAUAAAGAAGUACACUCUUUCAAACGAUAGCAAUGUCUUCCACGUCGACUUCAUGAAUGGAUGGAGUAGGGGCAGCCUCGGACGAAUCCUAGAGGGCUGUGAUCCCACCGRCGACGAAGAGGGGUACAAUCCGCCAUGUGAUUGCACAGAGCAGUUCCUGACGCCAUCUGCAGAACCUGCCAAACAAGCUUGCGACGUUGACGUGAGGCAGCACAUUCUCGACGAGGAGACCAACAUCGUGGUAGGUGCCCUCCCGCGUGGCUCCUGUAGUAUAACGGAACCGAUCCUUAAGACCUGGGACCUCGAUCCUCCGUUCGACACUAGCCAGUGUAGCACUGAAAAUGAAGACGAAGAUGACAAUGAAAACGAGGACCAAAAUGAAGAUCAAGAUGAAAACGAGGAUGAAAAUGAAAAUGUGGGUGAUGAGGACGAGGACGAGGACGAGGACGAGGACGAGGACGAGGACGAGGACGAGGACGAAAAUGAAAAUCAAGAUGAAGACGAGGAUGAAAAUGAAAAUGAAAACGAGGAAGAGAAUGAAAAUGAAAACGAGGAUGAAAAUGAAAACGAGGAUGAGGAUGAGGAUGAAGAUGAAGAUGAAGAUGAGGAAGAUCAAGAGGAAGAUGAGGAAGAUCAAGACGUAGAUGAGGACGAGGAUGAAAAUGAGAAUGAGGAACAAGAUCAAGAGGAAGAGGAAGAUCAAGACGUAGAUGAAAACGAGGACGAAAAUGAGGAUGAGGAUGAGGACGAGGAUGAAAAUGAAAAUGAAAAUGAGGAUCAAGACGAAGAUGAGAACGAGGAUGAGAACGAGGAUGAGGACGAGAUCUGCCAGGACGAUCCUAAUUUUCUAUUUGCAGAUAAACCUGGCAAAGACUGUAAUUGGGUCAAAAAGAGCAAAAAGCGACUUUGUAAGAGGGGAAUUUUUGCCCCAAUUGUACACCAACACUGCCCAAUGGCCUGCGGUCUUUGUGAUGACAACGAGGACGAAGACGAUAUCGACAAUGAAAGUGAUAAUGACAAUGAUAAUGACAGCCCAGAUGACAAUAACAAUGAAAACCCAAAUGACGAGGACGAGACUUGCCAGGAUGAUCCCAMUUUCCUKUUAGCGGGAAAACCCGGAAAGGAUUGCGACUGGAUCAAAAAGAGACGCAGGAAAUUCUGUCGCCCAAAAGGACCUUUUGGCAAUAGUAUCGCCGAAUCUUGUCCAGUGGCGUGUGGCAAGUGUAACGAUAGCGACAACGACAUCGCCGACGACAACAAUGAAAAUGAUUCCUGUGAAAACGAUCCCAGGUUUUUAUUUAGGGGCAAACCUGGGAAAGACUGUGAGUUCGUCAAACGAAUGAUGACCCGCGGGAAAAGUACGAAAAUCUGCCAAAAGAAAUCGGUCCGCAAAGCGUGUCCGGUGUCCUGCGAUAUGUGCAACACUAACGAUAGAUCGAUCGAAGUGUAAACAAAAUGCAACUUAAUGGAAUAGAAUAUCCGUCUGGCACGAUAGAUUGGAGAACCAGGAUGACGAAGAUCCAAAAGAAAAAUUUUAGUACAAGUACUCAUGAUACAUUUUUAUAUUUAAAAUAACACGAACUAUUACGU